AUAUUUUACGAAUUUAUUAAGGGAGAAAGGAAGAAUACACAGGGACACCCUUAUUCGGUGACAAAACUUUUAGCAUGUAUAGGCAACGAACACUGCUGAUUUAUUAGAAGAAAGAAUUUGAUAAGUUCAGGAAUUCAGAUGGAUGGUAAUAAUUGGAGGGCUGCUCAGGGUACCGCCCCAGCAGCCGGAGCUAUGGACACCGCUGAUUGGCGGACUCAACUUCAACCCGAUUCUCGUCAACGGAUUGUCAACAAAAUAAUGGAGAACAUUAAGGGUCGUCUUCCUGUCUCUGGACAAGAAGGAGCUCAGGAGCUUAAGAAAAUAGCAAUGAGGUUUGAGGAUAUGAUCCAUACUGCUGCCACGAGUAAACAAGAUUAUCUGCAAAGGUUUUCAAAGAUGCUGACUAAGUUGACGAAAUUUCAAUAUCCCGAUUCUAUACAACCCAGUGCUGUUACUAGUGGUCAGAAUGCCCAUGGCCCAGGAUCCUGCACCAUGCAUUCCCAAGUUAACAGCCAAGCACAGCAACUUCCUGUACCUAUGGUGGCCAAUGAAACUCAAACAAAGCGACCAGUGUUGCUGCAGAACAUUCAGAACAACAUGGCAUCCCAAAAUUGUGUUAGUUUGAGCCCAGCACUUCCUCCUUUGGGCAACUUAACUCAAGCUACCAUGCCAAAUGUCAUUGGCCGGAAUUCAAAUUUUCAAACCAUGCAAACCAUGCCAAAUGUUGAUCAAGUCGUGCCUCCUAAUAUGGUUAGUAAUUCUCAGAGGCAGAUGCAGGGAAGACAACAACAGGUUGCUUCUCAACAGCAACAGCAGCAAUUCCAGACAACACAACGAUAUCUUUAUCAGCAGCAGCUACAUCGUCAAAUGAUUAAGAAGAAAUUUCAGCUGGGAAACACACCACAGUCCUUGAUACAACAUGAACAGCAGAAACAACAGCCACAGUCACAGGAGGAGCAGCAUCAACAGCGACAAAACCUUCUACAGCCUACUCAGAGAAAUAUGCAUCAGCAGCAGUUGGGUUCUCAAAGUAAUAUAUCUGGAAUCCAGCAGCAACAGUUGACUGAAAGUCAACCUGUUAACUCUGGCUUGUAUUGUAAUCGGCAUCCUAUCCAUAUGUUGCAACUAUCAAAAAUUCCUGUACAACGGCAAACGCUACAGAGCGCUGCAACCGUGUUACCAAGUCAACGUCAACAAUCACAGUCACAGCCUGCACAACAGCAAAUGACGCCGCAGAGUCAAUCACGACCACCUUUGGGUUUGCAGCAACAGACGAAUCAAUUUCCAAGGGAAAUGCAACAGAGUAUUCAAGCAUCAAGCCCGUUGCUUCAACAGCAGAAGGAGCUAUAUCAACUACAAAGAGCCACACCAGAAGCUUCAUCAACAUCUUUAGAUUCUACAGUUCUGAGGGGAAAUGCAAUUGGAGCUGAUUGGCAGGAGGUUUACCAAAAGAUCAAGUUUAUGAAGGAGAUGUAUUUAUCAAAGCUCAAUUAUCUAUACCAGAAAAUUGCUUCUAAAAUGCAACAGCUAGAUUCUCUUCUUCAGCGGCCUCAAAAUGAGCAAAUUGAAACGUUCAAGAUGCUCAAGAUCACGCUGGGACACAUUUUGCUUUUCUUGCGGCUUAACAAGCAAGAUAUCCAGCUUUCUCAUAAGGAGAAACUGCUACAGGUUGAGAAGCACAUAGAUCUCUUUCUUAGUUCCGAUAGGCCGCGCAAGCCUACUUUGUCUCUGCAGCAAGGGCAACUUCCUGAAGCUCUUCGGAUGCAACUUAAGGUACAGAGUUCCAUGGAAGCAAUGCAGCAGAAUAAUCUCACCAAGUUGCAACAUAAUUCCUUUUCUCCUCAGGUUACCCAACAUCCUUCGCCGCAAACUGACGAACAAAAUAUGUUGGCAUCUCUUACUAAAGCUGGGCCUCCUCUCCAAUCUGCAAACUCACCAUUUGUUGUCCCAUCUCCUUCAACUUCCUGGGAUCUAUCUCCAAUGCCAGGGGAUUCUGUAAAAGUUAGUACUGGCCUUGCAUCACAUAUUGCUGCUGGAAAUAUAACGCAUCAGCAGGCUGAUGCACCUGACCAAUCCGUUGGAAUUGGUAUUCCGGAGAUAUCAGCCUCACCUUUGCUUGCAGAGUUUACUUGUUUAGAUGGUACACAUGCCAAUGUUUCAGCUGUUGUUUCAGGCAAGUCAAGUGUUGAACAAUCAUUGGAACGCUUGAUGAAAGUGGUUAAAAACAUGUCCCCAAAAGCAUUGAAUUCGUCAAUUAGUGACAUCAGUUCAGUUGUCAGUAUGAUGGAUCGAACAGCAGGAUCUGCACCAGGAAAUGGAUCAAGAGCAACUGUUGGUGAAGAUUUGGUUGCCACGACCAAAUGUCGUCUCCAAGCGACAAAUUACUCUGCGCAGGAUGGACUGCCAGGAGCAAAGAAACAGAAGCGACACAGAACUUCUGAUGUCGUUUCAUCAAGUGGCUGUGUAAAUGAUAGUUUCUGGCAAUUGAAUGGGUCUGAAGCAUCUGAGUCAGAGUCAACAAGUGUCAAAAUACCGAAACCUGAGGUAAUCUUCUGAUACCUUUCUAUUACAU